AAUAUCGCAAUUACGAUCAAAAAGUUAUAUAAUACUGGUAUAUAUUUUUGAAUAAUGCAAUUGAUAAUUAGAGACUAUUGAAGAUGUUAUGACACAGGUACGAGCGUUGGAGUCCUCUCCUUGCUUCAAGGUGUGGUUAUUCGUUCUGCUAUGUCUCGGAUGGUAGUCGAGAGUAAACAAGGAUCCUUCUUCAUGGUGUAUCAACUGGUAAAGAUUGUUACAGUUUUAGCGGGUAACUCUUUGUCCACUAAUAUAUACCAAGCUACAGUAUCAAUUCUCCGCGGUUUCCCUUUCCUGGUGGCUGCAUGCCUUUAUCUCUUCGUGUUGAUCAUGGUAUUAAUCUUGUAUAUAUCCGGUGGGAUGUAUUCAGAAAAUGGAUCAAAGGGGACUAGCACUGCCAAGAAACCGACAAAUUCUGCGACAUUGUAUGGGUCAAACACAAAGAGAGUUUCCAUUGUCAACUCCAGUGAGAAUAUUUGUAGUGAAGUGUAGAUACUAUCUCGGUGUGUAAUGCUGGUUCUGAGUAAGUUCGUACUAAUUGAUGAUAAGAUAAAGUAUCAAUUUCUAUACAAUCAAUUAUAAAGGCGUGUUAGUUGUAAUUUUAGCAUCUUUUAAAUUGAAAAUUUUAACGAUAUUUAAGACUAACAAAUCAUUGUAGUCGCCUAUGUAUAUUUAUUUCUCUGUUUUUCUCUCUAUAUAUAUAUU